ACGUCGUUUGGCGCUAAAAAAGGCCUGAGAGGAAGAAGGAAGGAAGGAAGGGAGAGAAGAAGGGACGAAGGAGGCGCCUCGGAGUCCAAUCCGGGCCCAUCCUGGUCCCGCUCCGGGCCGAGGCCUCGCGGGGAGACCUAGGGAGAAGCCCGGCAGCGGGUCCGAGCCCUUCGGGUUGCCCGGGAAGGCCGAUGCCCAUGGCGGCGCCGCCCGGCCGAGCGGGAAGGCCAAGGCCGGCCCGGCCUGGCCUGUGAAUGGGCCCGGGAGGAGGGCCUGGAGGGCGGCUGCACCGCGGCCUGGGCCAUGCUGAGCCCGCCCGCCUUCGCCACCCCGCUCCGGGCCCACGCCAGGCCCCUCCGCAAGACCCCGGCCAAAAGGAAGCUGGACUUGGAAGGGACUGGCCAGCAUUGCGCCCCGGAAUUCCGGACCCCGAAAGGCAAAGGGAGGACCGUCCCGCCCAUCCCGAGUCCCAAAACCCCCAAAUCCCCCGGGGAGAAGACGCGGUACGACACCUCUCUGGGCCUCCUGACCAAGAAGUUUGUCCACCUGCUCAGCGAGUCCGAGGACGGUGUGCUGGACCUGAACCGGGCCGCGGAGGUGCUGGACGUCCAGAAGCGGCGCAUCUACGACAUCACCAACGUCCUGGAAGGGAUCCAGCUCAUCCGCAAGAAGUCCAAGAACAACAUUCAGUGGAUGGGAACCGGGAUCUUUGAGGACUCCUCCGAGACCACGCAGCAGCAGCAUCGGCAGCAGCAGUCAUUGCGGAAAGAGCUGAGCGAGGCCUCCAAGAUCGAGAGGAUGCUGGACAAGCUCAUCCACGAGUGCACACUCCAGCUGAAGCACCUGACGGACGAUGGCACGAACCAGAGGUUGGCCUAUGUCACCUACCAGGACAUCCGUGCCAUCAGCAACUUCAGCGAGCAGACCGUGAUUGUGGUCAGGGCCCCGCCAGAAACCCGUCUCGAGGUGCCGGAUGUCUGCGAGGAGAACGUCCAGCUUCACCUGAAAAGCAGCAACGGCCCCAUCGAUGUGUACCUCUGCCCUGAGGAAAUCCUUGAGAAGAGCCCCGCUAAGCGGAGCGAAAGUAGCAACUCCCCAGCAGUGAAAGCCGAGUCGGUGAGGACGGGUCUGCCCGGCUGCCUGGCGGAGGGAGGUCUCGGCCUCCUGGACCUUCCUCAGAACCUCCUUCAGCAGACGGAGGACCAGCUCCCUUCCGCCCCAUACGCCGACCCGGCCCCCUUGGUGAGCUUCUCCCCUCCCCUCGACCAGGAGGACUACCUGUGGGGCCUGGAGGAGGGCGAGGGGGUCAGCGACCUGUUCGAGGCCUAUGACCUGGGUGACCUGCUGAAGAACUGAACUGGACCCGCCGUCCUUUCAAUGGUGCUAAUCCUUCCCGCUCUCUGCUCCAAAGCCUUGGACUUUGGUUGAAACGUUGCUUCCCAGGAACCCAUUGGGAGCGGCUUCCGUGUGUGCCGAGCUCGGCUUCAAGCCAGAUCCGUCCCUCUCUUUGCCGCGCUACUGCAAAGAGCGCAGACCAAGCCAACUACCUCCGUUCUUCUCCCUGAGAAAACAGGACAUACACAUUGUUGCGCUCGUGCCAUAAACAUGGGUCCGCAUUGCAUGGAGUGGUCGCAGCACCAGGAGAAGCCAAGGGCGCAUCAGCAUGCCAGAGAUGUGCAACGUGUCUAUUGCCAUGAGAUAGAUGCCGUUGCACAAUUGGAGGCCCCUUCCACACUGCCAUACAAUACCCACCUCUGCUUUGAACAGGAUCAUAGGUCAGUGUAGACUUAAGCAAAUAAUGUGGAUGAUCUGAUUUGAUAAUCUGGAUUAUAUGGCAGUGCAGACCAAGAGGCCUUCCGCACAGCCCUAUAACCCAGAAUAUCAAGGCAGAUCAUUCACAAUAUCUGCUUUGAACUGGGUUAUCUUGAGUCCACACUGUCAUACAUAACACACUUCAAUGUGGAUUGUAUACAGCUGUGUGGAAGAGGUUUAAAAUAACCCACUUCAAAGCAAGUAAUGUGGAUUAUCUACCUUGAUAAUCUGGAUUAUAUGGCAGUGCAGACCAAGAGGCCUUCCGCACAGCCCUAUAACCCAGAAUAUCAAGGCAGAUUAUCCACAAUAUUUGGGGAGCUGAGUUAUCUGAGUCCACACUGCCAUAUAAUCCAGAAUAUCAAGGCAGCUAAUUCACAAUAUCUGCUUUGAACUGGGUUAUCUUGAGUCCACAUUGCCAUACAUAACACAUUUCAAUGUGGAUUGUAUACAGCUGUGUGGAAGAGGUUUAAAAUAACCCACUUCAAAGCAAGUAAUGUGGAUUAUCGACUUUGAUAAUCCACAUUAUCAAAGUAGUCUUGUUUUGCAUGGUUUGUUCAUGACCCAGUAACCACAGCAAGGAAGACGUGGCCUGAUGUUUUGGAGGCCUCUUCUACCAACACUGCCAUAUAAUCCUGAUUAUCCAAGCGGAUAAUCCACAUUAUCCGCUUUGAACUGGAUUAUAUGAGUCCACACUGCCAUAUAAUCCAGUUCAAAGCAGAUAAUAUGGGUUUUAUAUGGCAGCGUAGAAGGGGCUUCAGGGAUCGCCCUGGUUUUGUGCAGAAAGGCCACAUAUCUGGACUUUGGAAUUAUUUUGCGGGACAAAGGGAUCCUUAAGGGCUACUUGUUUGGUUGGUUUUGAAAAAUAAUAAGCUUUUUGAACCAAUCUGAAUGGAUAGAUGACUUUUGUGUAGAUUACAUUAUUUUGUACAUUGAGAUGACGUGUGGAUUUGUGACAUAAUACUGUGUUUAUUGACUGUAACUGUUUUGGAACUUGGGAUAAUAAUUAUUCUCUGUGUUGCCAAUUUGCUGUUUUAAUGCUCCCCAGAUUUAGCUCCAAGCUAGUUUUUUAAAAAUAUAUAUACACGAGUUGAGCAUGCAUUAAGAAUGAAUUUGCGGCUUAACUUUAGUCUUAACUCAGCAGCACAUAUUUGCAGAAGGACGUGAUGUUUAAUUUUCCCAAUUUUCCGCUUCCUUCUUUUCAAAGUCUUGAUAUUUGUAGGAGUUGUACAUAAUUAUUGCACUGUAUUUAUAAUGGGAAUCCUCUUUUGAGACCAUUGUUUUUGCAGGGACGUUUUCGAAAAUGAGUAUUUAAAAAUAAGCGUUUUAGGGCUUCCUUGCGAUGUUUGGCAUGGCCCUUGCGUGUGGAGGCGUGUGCAUGACAUGCGGGGGGGGGGACGAGCUUUUGUUUUGAACUUAAGGCACUUGAUAACGUGUUGGUGUGGACGACAGCAAAAGGAAAUAAAUAUUUUGAAAUCA